GUAGGAGGGAGCACUGUAACAUGCUCAGAGAGGUGAGCUGAUAAAAGUGUGGUUCUGAAGCAGUCAGCUGGAAAGUGUGUGAAGGCUGAAGACAUGGCAUGCAGCAUGGAGUGGAACCUAAAGGCAGAUAAGAAGACAACUAUGGGUCCUGUUUCUGCCUGAGGGUUUUAAACUUCUUGGACUUGGUACACUGUUUUGUGUGAGUGCCAGAAGAAAGUAAGAAAGAAAGAAAGAAAGAAAGAAAGAAAGAAAAAAAAGGAGAGACGGGUGAAAAGGCUUAGCCCUGGAGGAAGCAUCUGCUUUGGGACAAAGUCAUAUUGUUGUCAGUGGGUGGUGGAAAAACAAGCUUCAGAACAUGGACGAGGAGAGAAAAAGGUUUACUGUAAGAGCCUCGUACAGACAUUCACACACUUUCACUGCUCACACACAUGUUCAGACAGCUGCACUUCCUGGUAUGCUGUGUGGACUGAUUGCCUGAGCUGCUUGGUGGAAUGAACUCCUAUACCAUGAAGAUCAAGCACAUUGUGAUACUCAUGUUCACAAGCUGAGGAUAUUUCUUGUAAUAACAAAAACUUUUUUUUUUCUCUCUGCUUAUCAGAAUUUUUAUCUUUCUGUCUGUAAAUGUUUACAAGUGUAUAAAAAAAUCAUGUUGGUGUGAGAUGGAAUAUCUCUACCUGGACUCAGUUUGCCUUGUAAUCUCAUGAUGGAGGGACAUGGAGACCGAGGUGAGAUGUCUGCAAAUCUGGAUGCUCUUGUGGAUGGUAAGGAUCAGGCAACUCCUGGAUCAGCAUCGUCAUCCUGCUCAGAUCUGUCCACCGCUACCCCUGCAGUUCAGCCCUGUCCGCACCCCACCAGGACCUUCAGUGGACUCCGGUUCUUUGGCAGAAAUCCAAAGAAUCUUAAAGCCUCCAUGGACGUGUUCUUUCGACGUCACUUUAAGAGGAAGGAGGCUGUUUUUGCUAGGCCAGGUGGCGAAGGGUCUGAGGCAUGUCGAUCCAGGAGACCCAGUAUUGCCGUACCAGCGAGCCGUGCACGCAGACGUUCCAGUGCAGGUUUUGCCUCAGCUACACUCGUGCAGCGCAGGAGAUCCAGCGUUCAGCUACAGUCACUACAGUCACUACAGUCACUGCCUCAUGCCGCUAGCAGCCGUACAACUAGAACUUGUAAUCGCAGGCGCCGCUCAAGCACCACCACACCAGGUGCAAAUCCACGUUUUGCAGUACGCCGUAAGAAGGCAAGCAAUUUGCGCAACAUUGACACGCACCUUCUUGGCCCUUCCAUGCUGCUUGCCAGCCUUAUACAGAUGACAGAGGAGGAAGAAUAUGUUCGGGAUCAAGCUGUUGGACAGGUGGAGCUGAAAGGGAGCAUGUCCUAUGUCUGCUCAGACCCUCUACUUUUAGAAGGAGACCAUGAAAGUGACAGUCCAAUCUCCACCACUGACUCUGACAAUGACCAGUACACAGAGCCAUGUGAUGAGCAUCUCAUGGAGGAAGCUUUGUCAGAUCAGGAGUUUAGAAAUUCCUCUAUUUUGUGCCAACAAACCUGCCUGCCUUUGAGUGUGGUUGUCGAGCGGGUCCAGGCUCAUACGUUAAUCCGCGUUCCACGAUGUCUCAGGAGAAAUUCUUCAUACCUAGGCCAUGCUGAAAAUGGCACACAAGGACGUUAUCCCCAGAGAAGACGCCGCAGACGGGUCUCCACCAUCUCUAAAGCAGGCAGCCCUUGGCCAGGAAGAGGUCAACCACUGCCUAGUCGCAGGAACUCCACCUGUUGGAAGACACACACUGCCUUUAGCCCGCUACUGGGAGCCCAUUAUGACCCUACAAUGGAGUCAUGGAGUGGCUUCAUCUCGAAAGCCAUUGCCAAGUCUGGUGUUCAGAACCAGGCCACACAGUCCAGUGCUUUGGCAGCGACUAAGUGUGAAACUAACCAAGAGAUUUCCCAGACAGUCGACUGGACCGAGAAUGCUCAGUACGGGCAGCACGUCUGGUUUGAGACUGGUCUUUCUGGAGAUUUCUGUUAUGUCGGAGAGCUUUACUGCUUUGCCAAAUCACUGCAAAAAUCAUUGCCUCGCUAUAAAUGUGCCGCUUGCAAAAUAGCAGUCCAUACGAUAUGCAUGGACCAGCUAGAGAAGAUUAAUUUCAGGUGUAAACCAUCAUUUCGGGAUCCAGGCACGAGAAAUGUGCGAGAGCCAUGUACUGUACGGCAUCACUGGGUCCACAGGAGGAGGCAGGAUGGGAAGUGCAGACAAUGUGGAAAGGGUUUCCAGCAGAAGUUCUUUCACAAUAAAGACAUUGUGGCCAUCAGUUGCUCUUGGUGUAAACAAGCGUACCACAAUAAAGUGACCUGCUUCAUGCUACAGCACAUAGAAGAGACCUGCAAUCUCGGUGCACAUGCUGCUGUUAUAGUUCCUCCUACCUGGAUCAUCCGAGUACGCAGACAGCAGGCUUCCCUAAAGUCUAGUAAAAGGAGGAAAAAGACGUCUGUGAAAGGCAAGGCCAGCAAGAAAGGAACAGAGGAUGGCAAAUGGAAACACUUUAUAGUCAAACCGAUUCCCUCUCAGCUCAUGAAGCCAAUGCUUGUGUUUGUGAAUCCAAAGAGUGGUGGAAAUCAGGGAGCGAAAAUUAUUCGGUCUUUCCUGUGGUACCUCAACCCACGACAGGUGUUUGAUCUCUCACAAGGAGGGCCUAGAGAGGGGUUAGAAAUGUACCGCAAAGUGCCCAACCUGCGCAUCCUGGUAUGUGGAGGAGACGGAACGGUUGGCUGGAUCCUGUCAGUGUUGGACGAGCUGCAAUUGAAUCCUCAGCCUGCUGUUGCUGUCCUUCCACUUGGCACAGGAAAUGACCUGGCCAGAACUCUCAACUGGGGAGGAGGCUACACAGAUGAGCCAGUGUGUAAAAUUCUGUCUCAUGUGGAGGAUGGGAACAUCGUACAGCUGGACCGCUGGAACCUCAGUGUGGAUCCCAAUCCGGAGGCCAGCGAAGAAGAUAAAGACGAACAUCAGACAGACAAGCUUCCCAUCGAUGUCUUUAACAACUACUUCAGCUUGGGUUUUGAUGCACAUGUAACCUUAGAGUUCCACGAAUCCCGAGAGGCCAAACCUGAAAAAUUUAACAGCCGUCUUCGGAAUAAGAUGUUCUACGCAGGGACGGCAUUCUCUGACUUCCUAAUGGGCAGCGCUAAAGACUUGGCUAAGCACAUCAGAGUGGUGUGUGAUGGCACAGACCUCACGUGUAAAGUUCAGGAGAUGAAGCUACAGUGUUUGCUCUUUCUCAACAUUCCUAGAUAUUGUGCCGGUACAAUGCCAUGGGGAAACCCUAGUGACCACCAUGACUUUGAACCUCAGAGACACGAUGAUGGCUACAUAGAAGUUAUUGGAUUCACCAUGACUUCACUGGCCACACUGCAGGUAGGAGGCCACGGCGAGAGGCUCCACCAGUGUCAGGAGGUGAUUCUCACCACCUUUAAGCCCAUUCCUGUGCAGGUGGAUGGCGAGCCAUGCAGACUGGCUCCAUCUGUUAUCCACAUCACGCUCAGGAACCAGGCCAACAUGCUGCAAAAGACCAAGAGGAGAAUCUCCCUUCCACAGCUCAAUGAUCAGCAGCCCAUCUCUGAACAGCUGCAUAUCCAAGUGAGCCGAAUCAGCAUGCGGGACUAUGAGGCUUUACAUUAUGACAAAGAUCAGCUCAAAAAAGCCUCAAUUCCUCUGGGAAUCAUCACGGUCCGGGCAGACAGCGAUCUGGAGACGUGUCGUCUGCACAUUGAGAGGCUUCACGAGGAAGGGGUUGGUGUGGAUUCAGACACAGCACCUAUACCAAAGCUCUCACCAAAAUGGUGCUUCCUAGACUCCACAACUGCAGAUCGUUUCUACAGAAUAGAUCGUGCUCAGGAGCAUCUGAACUAUGUGACUGAGAUCUCUCAGAAUGAGCUUUUUAUCCUGGACCCCGAACUGAUCACUAAGGAAACAGUGGGCACAUCUACUGGAAUGCCAGAAAUGGUAGACACACUGGGAGAGAACUUUAAUAGCUCUGACCAGAUUGUCUUCCCAGCAUGCCCUGCAGGGUCUCCACCACUCUUUAGGAUAAAUGAAGACCAAACUGCAUCCUGUGAUUUCACUAAUGCAGAGGGACAGGCAGAUUCACUGGCAUCCUCAAACACAGACAUUCACAAAUCACGUGACCUGGUCCAGAAUGAGAUUGAUAAAGAGACCAUGAAGAUGCUAAUCACAAGUGUGAAGUCAGAUAAUUUUAAAAAGCUUGUAGAGCUACACAAAGAAGGAGCCAGUCUUGCAGUAUAUGAUGCAAUGGGCUGUACACUGCUCCACUAUGCUGUUGAUACUGGCAACAGGGAAAUGGUCAGAUACAUCAUAGAUAAUGCUCCACUGAGUAUCUUGGAUGUUGCAGAAAAAGAGACAGGUGAGACAGCCCUGCACAAAGCUGCAGCAUCAUGCCAGAGGACGAUCUGUAGCUACUUGGUGGAUGCAGGAGCCUCCCUCACAAAGAUUGACCUACAGGGUGACACUGCAAAGGCACAUGCUGAGAGAGCUCAGGACUUGCAGCUGGCCGAGUAUCUGGAAAACCAGCAGCACCACCAGAUGAUUCAGAGAGACAACCAUGAGACGGCAGUAUAAACAACAGCCUGAACUGUCCUGGUCAUCCACUGACAAAUGCUUUUCUUGGCAUGGCCUAAUGACGGCAGCAUGUCAGCGUCAACAGAGAAGGUUCAAUUCUUUCUUGACUGCAAUGAGAAUCCAGGACAAAAUGUGAUGUCCUCUCGUAGCUGCAUGAAUAUGCUUCUCUUGUACUGGGGAUCAUUUUGUGCCAAAAGCUAAAUUUCCUAGAUAAUAAAAGCAAAACAUAUUUGGAUAUCAGUGUUAGAAGAACAGAAAUAUAUCUGUCUUUAGCCUUUUAUUAAGCAAACCGCUUAAACCUCAAAACAGAUCAAUGUGGACAAAAGGGUUUCUCUUUUCUCUUUUUGUUGUUGUAUUUAAGGAAUCUAUCUUACUUUUAACUCUAUAUACAGUAUGCUUGCCAGAAAUUUAGAUACUUAUGCUAGUCCCUUUUAGCUUGUUUUUUUAUUAAUAAUAUAGAAACAUUAAACUUCUGCUUUUGUCAUUUUGACUGAAUUGGACUUUAUGACAGCCAUCUGCCUGUUUAUUAAAAACCUCUUUAUUGUUUGCGGCUUUAUGAGGCGUUUCUAUCUUUUUUGGUUAAUGCUUGUAUUUUGUUAUGAGAACGUAGUGAUUGGCAUGAUUCUGCAAACCUUUUUUGAAUAACAGUGUUAGUGGCUGCCUCUUUUGUGAUAUUCUUUUAGUCUUAUUCUGAACUAGCUUCUUUCAGCAGAUUUCCUCUGUAUUGAUCAUUUAAAGAUCUCUAAUAGUAAUACGAUGUUCUUGCAAGGAAUAAUAUUAGCUCAUUAGGUCACAAUGUCUUUAGGAAUAAGUUACUAUUUAUCAUGUUUUAAUUAUAUUAGAAGGUCUUUGAUUAAAUCAUUACAUUUCAUUUCACAGCCCAGUGUAAUUUCACCAGGAAUGUUUCAGAUGCUUGUCGUUGGCUAAUUACAUUUUAGGCACCAGUGGAAAGAAUGAAUGGAAAGAUUCAUUAUACCAUUAAAAGAUGGUGUUGGGAUUUCUACUAAACCAUCUGCGAGUGGAUAACCUCAUGUUUACACCCAAGGCAUUACAUUAUCUUUUGGUUAGUGUAUUUCGUGCUUACAUAAUUUUUAGUGGCAUUUGCUCAGGUACUGAAUAUGUUUUAUGUUUUUAUAUUUUUAAUGCAGUCUGCCAUCAUUGCCUUAGCAUUAUUAUUAUUUUAUUUGUUUUUAAGUACUGUCAUGAGUUAUGAGUUAAAAUGCAUUGUCAAUGCUCUGUUUCGAGUUGCUGUGCAAUUCACUAGACAUAUUGUGUACAUAUCUAUCAAACAUUUUAAAAAUGUGUGAGUAAAAAUACCAUUCCAAACUCCUGUUGAAGCAUUUGUAUAAUUUAUGAAAUUAACUGAAAUUAUAGGUACUUCUUUAAUCCUACUACAAAAUAAACUUAGUUAGAUAAUAGAUUGUAUUAUUUACUGUAUAUUUGCUGGUUUGUUAUUGUCUAACUUGUAUAGAAGAAAUAAAGUUUUAAAUUUC